AUGCGCAACAUAAUAGUGUUCGCACUCGUUAUAUUAUCGCAAAUCGCAAUUGCCGCUCCAGGCAAUAAGAAGCAACAGCAAGAUGACAUCACCGUCACCGGGCUGGUGGUCAUCAAGGAUAAGACCUACCGAGCCACAUGCAACUGUCCAGCCCAUGUUAAAUCUCUGGAGAACAUGAUAUACAUCAGCAGGGGCCUCUGCUAUCCUUCCAAGGUAAAGGUCAGAACCCACGGAGCUCACGACCCAGACGAAUACAAGAUGUUGGUUGAUGGUAUGCACCUGAUACCGCACGAGGACUUCACAAGUGUCCACCAACACCCCCUUUCAGCGAUGGACGGUAGACUCAAAGGGAAGGCCUUCUAUGCUCCAGGCGGUGAUCUUGGCAUUUUCAUUUUGGCUAUGCUAAACAUGUAUGAAAACGACGGAAUCCCAACCCAGAAAACUGUCACCAACAUGCUGAGGGAAUACAUCCGUCAAAUAUCAAACGGCCGCGACUUCAGGCAUGCUGUCGACGAAAAGUCGCUUGAAUCGAUUAGAAACGCCCUAAAAUGGGAACUGAUCGACCUGACUAACAUAGACCCGCCGCAUCAAAAGGCCGUGAAAGACGCAAUAAGCGCGGGAGCGUACGGCAAUCCAUUUUUGAAUUUCUUGGUUCGCAAGUUCCGCAGCAAUCCGAGCAAAAAAACUAUUGUCGUUGAAUGCAUCAACGCCUUUUUCGAAAUCGUGUGGGACAAGAGUGACAGCAUCUGGGAGAGAAUGGUUGUGCAGCUCCUCGAGGGGGAGCACAAGCCACGAGCGCUUGUCGAAUUGUCUGUCUCCAAGGGCUGCGAGCUAGCCCGCAUGGCACCCCUGGUUACGGCUAAGGUUGAAGACAUGCAGCUGCUGAUAUACACUGAAUUCGCGGCGAAUUAUCGCAAGAGGGAGGUGGCAACGUUCAUCUACAAUCAGCAGGACACGCGCAAACGAACACUCCCUCUGGACGAAGUGCUGCAGCAUCUGGACAAACUCACGCACACCGUCACUGAAGAGUUUGGUAAGUACUGA